UUAAUAUUGGCUUUAAUAACGGCGAUGUAACUUGAUACCAACCAAAUCUUGCAUGAAAGAAAAGGUUUAUACUAAAUAUUGAAGAAGUAAAACAGAAUAGUAAAAAAAAAAUGGAUUUCAUUUUUGAUAAAAAAGAAAAACAUUCGAAAGAAAUUAGGAUGAACAGUGAAUAGAUUGCAAUAAAAAAAAAAGAAACUUUGUUCCCAAUUCAACAUGCGUCACCUUUUGUCUGUUCCCUCCCAGGAUGCCAGCUCAAGCUUUUGCUUCUGCCAGCUCACGCACCACCUGUGAUUCACUUCUUCCCACCGCCACCGCUUUUCCCAGCCUUGUAGGCUUCGCACGCCUUCACUCUCCUAUCUCUCGCUAAGGAAACAUUCAGUGAGGUUUUUCUAAUUUUAUGUGAUUGACACAACACGCCAUGUCCACACGUUCUUCUUCAUCCACAUCUUCUUCGUCUUCAUGUGGAUCUUCGGCCACUACCAUUGCAUGGAUCGGUUAUGGCAUAGCCGCCAUUACAGCUGCAGCAAUUGGAGCCCGCUUCUAUCUGGGUCGAGCUACUAAGUUCCGAAGCCGGGUCGUUGGCAUUAUUCCCGCUCGUUUUGCUUCCUCCCGCUUUGAGGGCAAGCCUCUCGUUCAGAUCCUCGGGAAGCCCAUGAUCCAGAGAACUUGGGAAAGGGCAAAGCUUGCGGGUUCGUUGGAUCAUAUUGUUGUGGCCACAGAUGAUGAUAAGAUUGCAGAAUGCUGCCGAGGGUUUGGUGCUGAUGUUGUAAUGACUUCAGUGUCUUGUCGAAAUGGUACUGAGCGUUGCAAUGAGGCACUUCAGAAGCUUGGUAAGAAGUAUGACAUAGUUGUCAACAUUCAGGGCGAUGAGCCUCUUCUUGAACCUGAGAUCAUAGAUGGAAUUGUAAAAGCUUUGCAGGAUGCACCCGAUGCAGUAUUUAGCACUGCAGUUACAUCUUUGAAAUCAGAAGACGCAUUUGAUCCUAAUAGAGUGAAAUGUGUGAUGGAUAAUCGGGGUUAUGCUAUCUACUUUUCAAGGGGGUUGCUUCCAUAUAACAAGUUAGGGAAAGUCAAUCCACAGUUUCCAUAUUGGCUUCAUCUCGGAAUUCAGAGCUACGAUUCCAAGUUUCUCCAGAUAUAUUCUGAGCUUGAACCCACUCCCUUGCAACUAGAAGAAGAUCUUGAGCAGCUUAAAGUCCUUGAAAAUGGAUACAAGAUGAAGGUGAUUAAGGUUGACCAUGAAGCUCAUGGUGUUGACAUUCCAGAAGAUGUUGAGAAGAUAGAAUCUCUCAUGCGUCAGAAUAAUUUGUCUUAAGUUUUUUUCCCCCUCGUUGGAAGUGAAAUUUUGUCUUAGUUUGUAUACUACAUAUCUUCCUUUUCUUUUGAAAGGGAUAUACUACACAUCUAUAAUUAUAGAAAACACAAUAUCAAAGUCGUCUAUGUAAACUUAUUAUUGUCUUGUUCACUUGGUUAAGGAGAGAAUAAGAGUGUUAAUUGAGUAACCCCAUCUGAUUUAUUUAUCCUUUUCCAGUUGUAACUCAUUCUAUGUAAGUCCAUUUUUUAUUCAUUAUUAUUAAGACAGCUAUUGACAUCCCAUGUUUGAAGCAAUUUC